AUGAAACGCAUCUUACGAAGCCCUCCAGUUCUAGAAACCCUUGACCACAUUGUAUAUGCACCAGUGAGACGGAGGCAGAAAGAUGUUCCAGUUCUAGUCUUCACCAAUAAUGGCGGCACUGUCGAAGCUGUUUCUGAUAAAAAGAGAAGCGACGUAUCAGCCCCGCAGACAAGCGCACAGCAGCAGCAGCCUGCAAUGACAUCCAUAAGUCAGUCACUGUCACAGCCACAAGAAGAGAUGGCCAAGAUGCAGUCGGAGGCAUUUGAAGCUGCACGGAUUCGACAGGCGACUUUGGGGUCUACAUCAGCUGCAAAAGCAGCAGGGUCUCCACGGGCAGGGACAAUUGGUGCUGCUUCACCAAUCAGGUCGAUCCAUAUGCCCAAAACAGCAUCACCUAUAGCAGCAACUACACCCCUUGAAGCAAAUCCAUGGACCCCUUUUAGAGCCUUGGAUCCCACUGGCCCCAACGCCGCCAACCAUGAAGGUUUAUAUACUUCUAGCACCUCUAAUACGUAUAUGCCCAGUCCCAAUCCCUCCCAAAUGUCUAACGGGUCAAGUCCGAUGACCAACAAGGACACAAAUAGUCCGAAUGUUACAAGUGAUCACAACAGUGGCAGUGUGUCAAGACGCAUGACCCCUGCAGAAUAUGAAGCGCUCUCACAGAUACGACCCCCACCAUCGACGCCUCAGCCUCCUUCGACAAGCUCUCUUACCACAUCUUCAUCCGGCCCACUGGUUGGUGCUACUUUUAGAAGUGUUUUGGAGCGCCACUAUGGACCAAAAAGGGGAGAAUAA